AUGGAAGCACCCAGACACAAGAGGAAGCCACAAAAGUGCUCCAAUGCAGCUGAAAAACCCUUUGAAUGUCCUAUCUGUGGGAAAAGUUUAAGUGAUAAUUCCAGCCUGUUGACACACCAGAGGACUCACACAGGAGAGAAACCCUUUGAAUGUCCUAUCUGUGGGAAAAGUUACAUUCAGAAUUCCCACCUGGUCAUACACCAGAGGACUCACACAGGCGAGAAACCCUUUGAAUGUCCUAUCUGUGGGAAAGGUUUUAGUGGUAAUUCCAGCCUGGUGAGACACCAGAGGACUCACACAGGAGAGAAACCCUUUCAAUGUCCUAUCUGUGGGAAAAGUUUUAGUGAUAAUUCCAGCCUGUUGACACACCAGAGGACUCACACAGGAAAGAAACCCUUUCAAUGAGAGAAACCCUUUGAAUGUCCUAUCUGUGGGAAAAGUUACAUUCAGAAUUCCCACCUGGUCAUACACCAGAGGACUCACACAGGCGAGAAACCCUUCGAAUGUCCUAUCUGUGGGAAAGGUUUUAGUGGUAAUUCCAGCCUGGUGAGACACCAGAGGACUCACACAGGAGAGAAACCCUUUCAAUGUCCUAUCUGUGGGAAAAGUUUUAGUGAUAAUUCCAGCCUGUUGACACACCAGAGGACUCACACAGGAAAGAAACCCUUUCAAUGUCCUAUCUGUGGGAAAAGUUUUACUAAUAAUUCUAACCUGGUGAAACACCAGAGGACUCACACAGGAGAAAAACCCUUUAAAUGUCCUGACUGUGGGAGAUGUUUCAGUCUUAAUGACACACUGGUGACACACCAGAGGACUCACACAGGAGAGAAACCCUUUGAAUGUCCUGAUUGUGGGAAAAAUUUAGUGAAAAUUCCAGCCUGGUGA